AAAACAAUAAAAAAAAUAAUUAAAAAUAAUUAGAAGAUGAAGAAUUUUGAGCGAAAGUGAAAGAAUUUAUCUGCUCUCUGACGUCAAACCUUGAAACCAAACAGCUGUUCGCACUGACAUAUCAGUGACAGACUUUAGAAGCGCAACAAAUCGGACUUAAGCGCAAAAUGGGAAAAAUCUACCAGGUGGUCGUUCAUGGACUAAGGGGUCAGAAGAUGAUGUUGGACCUGUGCAACACCGAGGAGCAGUUUAAGAGCAUGACCGUGAAACAGCUCAAGGAAAAAUUGGCGCAGAAGCUUCCGGAGACCGCAGGAGAGGAGGCUCUGCGCCUGAUAUUCACAGAUAAAAUGUUGGAUGGAGACGACACCCUUCUGUCUGAAUAUGGAAUCCAGCACAUGUCCGUCCUCCACAUGGUGAUGAAAGUUCCUGGAGGACUGAAAGCUUGACUAAGAUCAUCUCCAUCUGUCGUACCACUACUGCUGCUACUUUCUGUGAUGCUUUAGAAAGCCUCUUGACACUGUUCACAUGUAUUGUAAAUGGUACUUAUUAUACUGUUUUACUGUUUAGUGACAAUGAUCGUUUUAUUGAUCAUCCAUUAUUCCAAAUACAACACCAGUCUGUGUUGUUCUAUGAAAUAAAACCUUUUUCCCAGUUAUUUUCUUUGCGUUUUUGAUUAUUUUUAAUCUUUAUUUAUUUAUUUUUUUGCCAGUUCCCACAUUAGUCUCACAGUCGUGUAGAUGGCCAUAAAAUAUUGAAAGCUUCCGUAUGCUCACUUUGAGUAAUUUUAGGAAAUUGGCAAUUGCUGAAACAAAGGACACUGUUUGAUUUUCAUUUUUUAUAUUUUAGUUAUAGGUGCAAAAUAUUGUAUAAUGUAAUAGUCUUUGGCGCCAAAGAAAAACGAUUACAGGUCACCAGAGAACUUCAAUCUAUACACCUGAA